GAACAAAGCCAUCCUCCGCAGCCAAUCCAUCCAGAGAAAAUGGAUUUCUUCUUCUUCUUCCUCGUGAAUUGCUUACUCUGCCUCUUCUCCUUCACCUUCCUUGGAUUCCUGGCAAGGAAAGCAGCCAACAACCAAACUCCGGCGGCCAAACUCCCGCCUGGACCCGCCCGGCUGCCAAUCAUCGGCAACAUCCACAAUCUGGGCCUCAACCCUCACAAAUCACUGGCCGACCUCGCCAAGGUCCAUGGGCCCUUGAUGAGCCUCAAGCUGGGCCAAGUCACCACAAUCGUGGCUUCUUCCCCAGCUGUAGCCAAGGAGAUUCUCCAAAAGCAUGACAAACUCCUCUCCGACCGCCAUAUCACCCUCGCCAUGGAAGCCGGUGACAUCCACAAAUUCGGCCUACCGUUGCUCCCCGUGGACUCCAAGUGGAGGAAUCUCCGGAAAGUGUGCAACUCCUACGUCUUCACCCCCCGGAAGUUGGAUUCGAACCAGGACCUCCGGAGGGAGAAGAUUACAGAGCUCCUGGAAGGUGUUCGACGAAAUGUGUGUGAGAGGCCGGGGGAGGCAGUGGAAGUUGGGAGACUGGUGUUCAAGGCAAGUUUGAAUGCUCUGUCAUCGACCAUUCUGUCGAUGGAUCUUGCAGCUGAGGAGAAGUCAGAGACUGCUCGGGAAUUCAAGGAGCUUGCGUGGGGGAUGCUGGAAGAGGCCGGAAAGCCCAAUUUGGGAGACUUUUUCCCUCUUCUGGCCAAGAUGGAUCUGCAGGGCAUACAAAGGCGGAUGGGGAACCAUGUAGCCAAGGUGCUGGAUCUGUUCGGAUGGGUGAUCGACCAACGGUUGCAAAAGCUCAAGUUUGAGCACUAUGUCUCCACUAACGACAUGCUUGACACACUUCUAGGCAUUGGAGAUGACGACGAUCGCGACGCUCAAAUGGAUCCACUUCACAUCAAACACUUGUUCUUGCAUCUCUUUGCAGCUGGAACUGACACAAGUUCGAGUACAUUAGAAUGGGCAAUGACAGAACUCCUCCGUAGUCCCAGCACACUUGCUAAACUCAAGGAAGAACUAGACCAAACUAUUGGAAAAGGCAAUCAUCUUCAAGAAUCAGACAUCUCUCGUCUACCAUAUCUACAAGCAAUACUGAAAGAGACCUUCAGACUACACCCAGCAACGCCUUUUCUCCUUCCCCGCAAGGCUAAGGAAGAUGUAGAAAUUUGUGGUUUCAUCGUGCCCAAAGGUGCAAGAAUUCUUGUUAACGUAUGGGCUAUUGGUCGGGAUCCAAUGACAUGGGAUGAUCCGAACUUGUUCCUACCAGAAAGAUUCUUGGGUUCAGAGGUUGAUGCUAAGGGAAACAAUUUUGAACUUAUUCCAUUCGGUGCAGGAAGAAGGAUCUGCCCAGGAUUACCUUUGGCAUUGAGGAUGCUGCAUAUGAUAUUGGGUUCGCUGAUUCAUUGGUUUGAGUGGAAACUACCGGAUGGGAUCGAGCCGAAAGAGUUGGAUAUGAAUGAAAAAUUCGGGAUAAAUUUAAAGAAAGUAAAACCUCUGUUUGUUAUUCCAAAUCUUAGAUGA